AUGGCCACGACAGUCGCCUCCGCCAUUCGUCCCGGGCUGCGUGAAAGACAACUAUCUGGUUCUCCUCAUACUCCCACUAAUCGAUACAUCUCCUCCGUCCAAUCUUCCCCGGCAUCCUCAUUCUUCCGUGCUGAGGAAGACCCCAUCAUCCUCGAACUCGACCCUCGUGGACUCAGUGCAGGCUUCCAGGGCGAAAGUGGCCCUCAGUGUACCAUUCCAUUUACACCCCAGAAUUCUAGAAGGGUUGGGGACUAUCGCACACAUCUGCCAGACUACAAGAGAAGAAGAGUAGCCAUACAUGCACGAAGUAAAGAGUACGAGCUAUGGAGGAACGACUUGGGCGACGCCGAUCUGGGAUUGCUACAAGAUAAGCUAGAACGCGCCGUUCGCGAAGUGUACAACAAACAUUUACUUGUCGAUGCCGGUGUUGCACGGUUGAUCCUCGUCCUGCCGUCCCUGGUUCCUCUCCCGGUGCUAUCCACGAUUCUCACCCUCCUUUUUGAGCGAUGGAAGUACUCAUCCAUCACUUUGCUUCCUGCACCUGCCAUGACCAUUGCCGCGGCCGGUUUGCGGUCUGGUUUGGUGGUUGAUUUAGGAUGGGAAGAAACGGUCAUAACGGCAAUCUACGAAUACCGUGAGGUGCAUGUCCGUCGGACUACCCGUGGCAUGAAGGCCCUGACAGCCAAGGUUGGUGAGCUGUUGGACACAAUCAGAAUGGAGCAAGAUGUGUCGAUUCGAGAUUCACUGCUGUUGGAUUUUGAUUUUGUGGAGGAGUUUGUCGAUCGGGCCGGUGCGUGUCAUGUCCUGGUCAUCAAUGCCGAGCAAGAAGAGCUAGCAGUAGGCAUGAAAGGACUUGACAUUGAACAGCACCCGUCCUCCACUCCGAAGCAUAUGGAAAGCCCAGACGUCGUAAUAGACUGGCCAACAGCGACCUCAUCGCACCCGAUAGCUAUUCCGUGCGAAGCUCUCCAUCUCGCUACUGUCGAGGCCAUAGUGGGGAAGAAGGAUGAACUCCAUCCGGAUGACCACGAGCAAUCUGCCAGCUACCUCCUGUAUAGGACACUCCUUUCUUUGUCCAGCGAUGUCCGCGGUGUCUGCAUGCCUAGAAUCAUCUUCUCUGGUCGUGGUUCCAAGGUGUCUGGUUUGUCUCAAUGCAUUCUUGAUACGGCCGACUCCAUCAUAUCUCAAUACGGUUGGACUGCCGUAAGGGGAAUACACCAUGAGCGCCGACGAGCAGGACUUGCAGAGCUCUCGCAAGCAAGAGCGUCACCCGCGGAUGCUCGACAUGACGUGAACCAGGCAGGAACCGACGAUUUGGUCGUCGAGCGAUUUUACAGGCAAAAGAUAAAGGACGCACCACCACCAGUCCGUCCCGUUCUUCGGCAGGUUGACUCUCUCGGACCGUGGGCCGGCGCCAGCCUCAUCACAAGUCUCAAAGCAAAGUCGUUCGUGGAAAUUGAUCGAGAAAAGUUUCUCUCUCAUGGUCUCGCCGGGGCACAUCGGGAUAUUGAAGCAACCAUCGGCUCCCAACGUGCGGGCACAACGAGAGGUGGUGAAAGGACCAGCUGGACUCUGGCAGGAUGGGGUUGA